AUGUCGUCUAGUGAAAUUUACCGAUACUACUACAAGACCUCGGAAGACUUGCAAGGCUUCAAAGCCAACGCGUCAGAGCCCUACUUCAACCCGAUGGCUGCGUAUAACCCCACCAUGACGCAUUAUCAGUUUAAUUGUACCUCACUGGCCAACUCCAGCAAUUAUUUGUCCUCCAAUGGAUUUAUUAGCUUUGAGCAGGCCUCUUCAGAUGGUUGGAUUACCUCGUCCCCGGCCAGCUAUCGCUCGGAGAGCCCCGAAUAUGUGGACCUGAACACCAUUUAUACAAACGGCUGCAACAGUUUGGGGCAGGGUCAACAACAGCAAUUUGGACUGCCUCUGGAGCAGAUUGCAUCCUCUCAACCACCAGCGUUACCAGUUCUGGGUUCACCAAAUGCAGGUACCUGCAAGACAUUAACAACGCCAAUUGGAGAAACAACAACAGCAACCGCAACAGCAAAAAUAUCUACGACAUCGGCGACAGCUCCCGCGCCAAAGCCGAAACGCAACUACACACGUAAGCACCAAGAUACAGAAGCAGCAGCUGCCCCCUCCUCAUCCACAAUGCCUACUAGUUCAGCGCCCGCUCCACCUGCUCCAGUCAAUGUAUAUACAGAUGACUUUCAGGCCUUUGACUUUGACAAUGCAGCGCUAUUUGAUGACAGUGUCGACGAUGAGGACGACAUGUUGCUUUUUGGCAGUGGCGGCGAGGACUUCGAUGGCAAUGAUGGCUCCUUCGAGCUGGGGGAGAAUGAUAGCGAGGAUGCUGCCUUGGCGGCUCAGGAUGGUGCGACGCCUGCCCAGGGCAAGAAGCGACGUAACAAGCAGAUCUCGCCAGUAGUUAAGCGAAAGCGCCGCUUAGCUGCCAAUGCCAGAGAGCGCCGAAGAAUGCAGAAUUUGAACCAGGCAUUCGAUAGACUACGUCAAUAUCUUCCGUGCCUGGGCCAAGAUCGUCAGCUCUCCAAACAUGAAACACUGCAAAUGGCUCAAACUUAUAUUUCUGCUUUGGGCGAUCUGCUGCGGUGA